UUGUUGGCUGGGCGGAGCAGAGCCGCAAAACUCUCCGCCGGCGACGUUCCAAUUCUAUCCUACCUUCAGGCCCGCUUCAGCUCUGUUUCUUCCACUGUUUGCGCUAGACGAGGGAUAAUUAAUCUCGGGAAUUUUCUAUCGGUAUUAAAGGAUUGGAGUUUAUCCGCACCUUUGUUUUAUUCUCCCUCUCGCUGAGGAUCCCCCGAAUCCUACAAAAUGGGCAAAUUGACCAGCACGAUCGGUAUCCCGAUCAAGCUUCUUAACGAAGCCCAGGGCCACGUCGUCACCCUGGAAAUCACCUCCGGCGUCGUGUAUCGAGGCAAACUUCUCGAGGCCGAAGAUAACAUGAACGUUCAGCUGAAGGAUAUUACGGUCACUGCUCGGGAUGGUCGCGUAUCGCACUUGGAUCAGGUUUACAUUCGUGGAAGCCACGUGAGGUUCUUCAUCGUUCCGGACAUGCUGCGAAACGCCCCCAUGUUUCGCUCAAGAGGCCAGCGCGGCCGCGGUGUCGGUCUCGCACGUGGUAAGGCCACCGUGCAGCGUGCCCGGGGCCAAAGGAGGGGUUAAAAAAACGAAAAGCUCAUAUCUCACAUUAAUGGCGUUUCAUAUUUGCUUUUUCUCUCUCUCUCUCGUGUUCAUGUCUACCUUUUACAUUGGGGUUUCCUGAAAAUCGAUUCCUAUCUUCUACCAGAGGAUUCUUAUACCCGCCCGUGUUGUGGGGGAACUUUCUAUCUUUACUGUCUUUUUGAAUCGUGGGUUGAUUGAAUGGGUCUGGAAGGAAUGAUGGAUGGGUUUGUUUGUAGAUUUAAUUGAAUUCAUAUGGGUGAUAAAGAUAAAUUCAUUGAUAUAUGAAUGUGA